UUGGACAGUGUGGGAAAGCAAACUCAAAAAAACCAUUUUUAGUUUGAAAUAUAACAUAUAUAUAUUUCUAAGACCAUGACUAGAAAGAAAGUGAAACUUGCAUAUAUCAGCAAUGAUUCUGCAAGAAAAGCAACAUUCAAGAAAAGAAAGAAGGGUUUGGUGAAGAAGGUGGGCGAGUUGAGCACACUCUGCGAUGUUGAUGCCUGUGCUAUCAUUUACAGUCCUUAUGAUACUCAACCGGAGCUAUUCCCUUCCCCUUUGGGUGUUCAACGAGUGCUUUCGAAAUUCAAGAAGAUGCCGGAGAUGGAGCAGAGCAAGAAGAUGGUGAACCAAGAGAGUUUCCUGAGGCAAAGGAUUGCCAAAGCUAAUGAGCAAUUGAAGAAACAGAGGAAGGACAACAGAGAGAAGGAAAUGACAAGGGUCAUGUUUCAGAGCCUUACUGGGAAAGGGCUUCAGGGUUUGAACAUGAUGGAUUUGAAUGAUCUUGGAUGGCUGAUAGACCAGAACUUGAAGGACAUAAACAAAAGGAUUGAGUCCCACAAGGCCGAGGCUUCGUCUCAGAAACAUGAUGUGGCAGCACCAGGGAUGAGUUCAGCCGCGGAUGGGAUGGCGAGGAGUGGAGAGAAUGGUUCGCAGGCCAUGGCUGAGAAGCCUGCUUUUGAAGUGAAUGUGGAAACCAUGCAGAGACAGCAAUGGUUCAUGGACUUAAUGAACCCACAAGAAGGUCUUGGUUUUGGUGGGGAUGAGAUGAUUCUGCCAUUUGGAGAUCACAACCACAAUGCCAUUUGGUCUAAUCCUUUUUUCCCUUGAAUGAUUAAAGAGUGUUCAAAGUGGUUUGUUUGUGAAUGUCUUCUGAUGGUUUAGCCUAAAAAAUUUGAUCUCUUUCUUAAUUCAUACCCCUAAUGUAUGACGACAGAGUCAGAUUCUAUGCUAAUAAGCUUACUUAUGAUCUUUCUUUUUUGAUUUCCACACAGGCCAUUGUACUUAUUCAUGUACUCAAAA